AUGACCGACAACACUUCGGCCCUCAAAAGCACAGACUAUGCUUUCGAUCUCGGUAAAUUCGGAAGACGUGUUACUACCAACAGUCCUGAAGCCCAAAUAUGGUUCAAUCGCGGUCUCACGUGGACCUAUGCCUUCAACCACAAGGAAGCAGCCACAUGCCUUGAGCAGGCCAUUGCGCACGAUGAAUCCUGCGCCAUGGCCUACUGGGCCAUCGCAUAUGCUCUUGGUCCAAACUAUAAUCAAUCAUGGGAGUUAUUUGGCACCGAUUUGAAGGUCAUGGUGCAGCGCACGUACCAGGCCUCGCGAAAGGCACAGGCUCUCGCUACGUCUGCAACCCCAGUGGAACAGGCGCUCAUCACCGCCAUCCAGACUCGCUAUCAGAGCGAUGAGCCGGCAAGUAUGGAGCAAUAUAAAGCUCAGAACCAAGCUUAUGCGGAUGCGAUGGAAGUCGCAUACCGGGAGUACGGAGAUGACCUAGAUGUUGCUACUCUCUACGCCGAUGCUUUAAUCAGCCUUACACCCUGGAAACUAUGGGAUCUGGUCACUGGAAAACCCAACCCAGGAACACGUACUCUUGAGGCCAAGGAAGUGCUGGAGAGAGCGCUAGCGCACAAAGAUGCGAACCGGCAUCCUGGCCUGCUACACUUGUACAUCCACCUUAUCGAGAUGUCGCCCACUCCUGAACUCGGCUUAGUGCCUUCCGAUAAUCUGCGUGAUCUAGUACCAGAUUCAGGACAUCUGAACCACAUGCCAUCCCAUUUGGAUGUUCAGGUCGGUGACUAUCGAGCUGCCAUUCGAAGUAACCAGCAAGCUACACUCGCAGACGAGAAGUACAUGAAACACGAAGGCGCUUUCAAUUUCUAUUCCAUUUACCGCAUGCAUAACUACCACACUCUCAUUUAUGCAGCAAUGUUCGCAGGUCAAAAGAAUGUUGCGCUCGACGCUGCUGAUCGCAUGGAAGCCGCGUUGCCGAUAGCGCUCUUGAAGUCAAUAGCCGACUUUACCGAAGUCUUCUUUUCUGUACGCUCACAUAUCAUGGUGCGCUUCGGAAUGUGGGAGGAGAUCCUUCAGCGCCCGCUCCCUGAGGACCAAGACCUAUACUGUGUUACAACUGCGCUGGCGCACUACGCCAAGGGCGUUGCCUACGCAGCCCUCGGCAGCAUUCCUGACGCAGAGCGCCAGCGAGACCUCUACCACCACGCAGCAAAGCGCGUCCCAGAGUCUCGCCUGGACUUCCCGAAUAGAUGCGUCGAUAUUUUCAGCGUAGCAUCCGCCAUGCUUGACGGCGAAAUUGAAUACCGACGGGGAAACUAUACCCAGGCAUUCGAGCACCUCCGCCGCUCCAUCGAGUUGGAUGAUGGGCUGGGCUAUAGUGAGCCAUGGAGCUGGAUGCAGCCGGCGCGCCAUGCAUAUGCUGCUUUGCUAUUGGAACAAGGCCAUGUGGAGGAUGCGGCAGCUGUGUAUCGUGCUGACUUGGGUCUUGAUGACUCAGUCAUCCGCGCACGUCAGCACCCGAAUAAUGUGUGGGCUCUGCAGGGUUACCACGAAUGUCUGGUUCGUUUAGGACGUAUGGACGAGGCACGGGUUAUCGCGCCACAGCUGAAGAUCGCGGUUGCGUUGGCUGAUAUUCCUGUGAAGUCGUCGUGUUUCUGUCGCACUGAUACUUCACAGGCGCCGGAGCCGGAGAGCGCCUGUUCUCAAGGUGGAUGCUAUUGA